AUGGCAACCAAGUAUGCCUUCACCAAAGGCCUCCGAGAGGUGCGCUUUCAUCUCUGCAGCUCCGGUCAAGCCAGUGAAGCAGCAAGAUCGUUCCUCAAGCGAGCUUACCCCACAAUGAAACAUCACAAUCCCAACACUCCCAUAUUAAUACGCGAAGCAACGGGUGUAGAACCCAAGAUCUGGGCGAGAUAUGGAUUUGGAAGGGAGAAAUCAGAGUCUCUAGCAGGACUAUCGGACAAAGAAAUCGAGGAUAAGGUGACUACCCUCGUCAAGAGCGAAUAA